AUGUCUAUAGAAAAAGAUCCAUAUUCAUUAAUAAAAUAUAUUAAUGUUAUCAAUAUGAAUAAUGAUGGUUAUGGAUAUCCAACAAUACAUGCUUUUGUUCUAAUGGGAUUAUUAAAAAUGAAUGAAAAAUUUCUUUGUAACAUAAAUAAUAGAUUAUAUGAAUGUUAUAUCGAUAAAAAUGAAAAAAAUCAAUAUGUUUUAUGUUAUCAAAAUAAAAUAAAAGAAACAAAAAUUAUAAAAUUUAUUCAUAAAUUAUUUAAAUUAAUCAAAAUUAAAAUACGAUCUAUGGGAGUACCAUUUCAAUAUAUACAUCGUGUUAGUGACAAUCGAACAUUACUUAUGUUAUAUAAUGAUUUAAAAGAAAAGUUUCAAGAACGAAUAAUAAAAAUGCUUAUAAAUAGUGAAUUUGACAUAUGGGAAAUUCAUACAGACUAUGAUUUUGACAAUAAAAAAAUAAAAUUUAUAUGUAAAUCCAAUAUGACAAUUAAUGAUAUAUUACAAAUAAUUAAUAAUAAUAACAAUAUGAGUCACAAUGACAUUAAUGAUAAUAUAUUUAAAGAAAAACAACAAUUAUAUAGUUUAAUAAAACAUGAUGCUAUUGAAAUUAAUUAUCAACCAAUAACAGAUGAUGAUAAAUUCAUAUUGGAGAGUGGUGGUGGUAAUGAUACAUCUUAUAGUUCAGAUAUGUAUAAAGAUGAAGGUAGUAUUUCAUUUUUUUUUAAUUUUAAUAAACUUGAUUUCUUUUUUCUUUAUUAUACACAUAUAUUUAGAAAGUAA